AUGCUGCACGCUUGUCGAGCCAAAGUAUCAAGACACGAGUUCUGGCACACCGGACGCCUACACUCAGCAACGCGGGCCAGCACAGACACUCGGGCAGGCAAAGCCGGUCGGGAUUCCGAACCGGUGAAGCGGAAAUGCCCGAAGGGAUCCCGACUGGGUCCGCCGAGUGCCGGUUCUCGAAACAUGUUCGCAGGCGCCACAGUUGUGUAUCGCAAGGGACCUUAUCUUCCGUGGGCACAUGGGGCCUUGUUGCCCUAUCACGGUGGCACGCCGAGUGACAGCUGGGGUGGACCCAUGAUCUCACCCGCUCUUACCGCACUGCUCAGGGACGUGUCAGCGUAG